AUGGCUCGUCAGACGCCAAAUACCAGCCGGACGAAUACCAUCGACUCGUCAACCUCGGCACCCUCCCCCUCCCAGUUGUACCCGGACACCUUCCGUAAUGGCAGCACCAACUACAUCUCCAGCAUGAACAGCAGCUCCACCAGCUUGAACCAGCAGAACGACCAGAAUGGCAUGCCCGAACGCCCUCCCACGUCUGCCUCCCGGACCCCCGGACUCGGCAUGGCUCCUUCGCCAGCAAUCAUGCAGACGGCAGGCUUGGGAACCCCUACGAGUUCGACGUCUGGACUCUCAGGUCUCGUAUGUAACGUCCACCGAACGACUGGCCGCGAGCCACAUCCUCUGGUAGGCGCGACCACCACCAUCCUAGGCGACAAGCUGUAUGUAUUCGGCGGGCGGAAACUGUCUCGAACACGGCCAGCACUCACAUCGGAUCUCUACGAGCUCGACCUCGUCAGGCGGCACUGGACCAAGAUCGACGCAAGGGGCGACGUACCAUCGCCACGAUAUUUCCACAGUGUCUGCACGCUUGGCGACACAAAGCUCGUCUGCUAUGGCGGCAUGUCUCCAGCUGCUCCCCAACCAGGCCAAUCGCAAUCAUCCCAGGGAACCCCCUCAGACGCCCAGCCUGAGGUGGUCGUAAUGUCUGACGUCCAUAUCUAUGACGUGCCCACGCGAACAUGGAUGCAUGUGCAGACUUCCGAUGCGCCACAAGGACGAUAUGCCCAUUGCGCGACUAUCCUACCCUCUUCAGCAGUUUUCUCCUCGUCCAAUGCAACUUUGGGUGCGAUCAAGCACAACCCAUCUACCUCGGAGCCUAACCAAGGAUCUAUCGGUGUGCAGUUCGAUGGAGAAGGAGGCGCUGAGAUGGUGGUAGUAGGUGGUCAAGACAGUUCCAACCACUAUAUUGAACAAAUCAGCGUCUUCAACUUGAGGAGCCUGAAAUGGACCGCCACUAACACCCUCGGAAGGAGCUGCGGCGCCUACAGGAGUGUUGUCGCCCCACUGACGAAUAUCAGUCCCACGCGCAUAGGAACAGGAGUCCCACGCGGCGAUGUCACCCCCGAGCCACAGGACCCGGCAAGCGCGGAGAAGGGAUCCUCGAUGCUCAUAUAUUCGAAUUACAAUUUCCUCGACGUGAAACUCGAACUACAGAUACGACAUCCAGACGGAACACUCUCUGAGAAGCCCAUGAUGGGAAAUUUCUCGCCUCCAGGCUUGCGUUUCCCCAACGGAGGGAUCAUCAACAAUCAUUUCGUUGUUAGCGGGACGUUUUUGACAUCUUCGAAGCAAGAGUAUGCUCUGUGGGCACUUGAUCUACGAACUCUUACCUGGGGACGGAUCGAAGCCGGAGGCAACAUUUUCAGUCAAGGAAGUUGGAACAGAGGCAUGCUAUGGAACCGCCGAAAUUCAUUCGUCAUCCUAGGAAACCGCAAGAGGAGCUUGGUCGAGGAUUACAACCACCGACGCAUCAAUUUUUCCAACAUUUGCAUCGUAGAAUUAGAGGCCUUUGGUCUGUAUGACAACCCUCGGAAGGUGGAGCCUAAUUCUGCAUUUGCGUCUGUCAGUGCGCCCGCACCGACUGAUCAGCUGGACCUGAGGGCAGGAGGGCGAACACUGUCGCCUGCAGCUGCAGGGCUGGGCCAGCUUGCGCUAGGCAUGCGAGAGCUUGCAGAUAUGGAUUUCCUCGCCUUGGAUGGCGAACGAAUCCCGGUCAAUUCGCGCCUGAUUGCUCGACGAUGGGGUCCCUAUUUCAACCAGCUAUUGCGCGAAAGCAUAUCGAGCACUGAAAAUUCCGAUACAGCAACACUUCGCGCCAACGUACUUCCCCAUCCUUCUCGCAAUUCGAGUAUCACGAUCACCCCAUCAAUCAGAACUGCUUACUCGGCAGCAACUACGCUCACUAACAACACUGGUGGGUCUUCCGAACCGUCAACGUCUUCGUCUGUCACCUCCCAAUCAACGAUUUUACCGCCUGAGACGUCGGGUCAACCGCCUUAUCUGCGGCCACGGACUCUGUUCCUCCCUCACACCCACCUAACUCUACAGGCUCUAAUUCACUUCUUGUACACUUCGUCUCUCCCAUCACCAAGCUCGCCUCUUAGCUCGCCUCAGAUUCUGUGCUCUCUUCUCCAGCUGGCACGGCCCUAUCAGAUCGACGGACUCCUAGAGGUCAUCAUCGAAAGGUUGCACGUGCUACUGGACAAUCGAAACACGGCUGCGAUAUUCAAUGCUGCAGCCAUGGCGGCGGGUGGCGGAUCCAGUGUCGCCUUCUUCGGCGUAAACGGCGCACCUAUCAACGGUACAAACGGAAACGAUUUCACCCCAGGAUCUCCCGAAGAUGACGCCGGCGCUGCCGUGCGCUCUCUCGACCCGACAUUACGUGCCCUCCGCAUCAACACAGACGUGAACAGGAUCCACGACGACGAAGUCAGCUCGGCGACAUCCGCGUCCACAUCCACAUCCACGUCAGACAGCGGGCUUGGCGACGGCACCGAGAGAGAGAUCUGGGGCGGCGAAGUCAGCGCCGUUGUUGGACUCCAAAAGCGCGGUUUGCGGGGUCUGAUGGAGGGUCGAAGAAUUCGCGAGAUGGGGCGCUCGCGAGGCCGCGAUGAGGGCGGUAUGAAUGGUGAUGGUGUUGGGCUGGGUUUGGUGGGCUCGACGUGA